AUGGAAAGCCAUAUUAAUGAGACCUUACAAACUACAAAGAAAAGAAAAAAUGUUGCUGAAACAGUUGAAAGUAAGAAAAGCACCACUACAAAGUGCCAUUAUUUUUUUGUGGUUCCUAAAUCUACGAAUACAGAAGCAGUGACAGCAGUUGAUGCCGAAAAGAAACUGACAGAUGAAGGAGAUGAAGAAGUUCAGACUGAAUCUCACCCAUCUCAGAAAGGAAAGGAAACUAUUUCAGUUUAUAGCGAGAAAAUUCAGUCAAGGUUGGAAUGUUUGCGUCGCUACUGUAAGAGGACCAUUGACCUUUGUUAUGUGAACCUUUGAACUUUGUUUUGUUAUUAAGAUUAGGAUGCGCACGCACCUAUGGAUAAUGCACAAUGA